AUGGCGCCCACUGCUACAGACCGUUUCACCUCCGCUCUGCACCAGAACAAAGACUGGGCAGCCCAGAUCUCCAAGGAAGACCCCUCACUGUUCCCCACGCUCGCGAACGGCCAGCAGCCCGAGAUUCUCUGGAUCGGCUGCUCCGAUUCCCGAUGCCCCGAAACCACUCUCCUUGGUCUUAAGCCGGGCGAUGUCUUCGUCCACCGCAACAUUGCCAACGUCCUGCACGCGGGCGACCUCAGCUCGUCUGCCGUGAUCGAGUACGCGGUCCGUUACCUGCGCGUCAACCAUGUAGUCCUCUGCGGUCACACCAGCUGCGGCGGUGUUGCUGCUGCCCUGGGUAACAAGCAGUUGGGAAUCCUGGACCCCUGGUUGCUUCCCCUGCGCCAGCUCCGGGCGAAGAACCUGGAUCUGCUGAACUCGCUGCCGGCUGACCAGGCGAACCUCAAGCUGGUCGAGCUGAAUGUCUUGGAGGGUGUCAAGCUGUUGAAGGAGAAGAGCGUGGUGUUGGAAGCGAUCCAGGAGCGUGGGUUGCAGGUUCACGGGUUGAUUUAUGAUGUUGGAAGCGGUGUUCUUCGGGAGUUGGAUACCGACGAGUCGGAGGAGGCAAUCAAGGCGCGGCUCACAUCGUUCAAGACGGAUGUUUAG